AUGGACUUCAGCAACGGUCUUGGCAUAUCAUUUGGCACAAACCAUUCGGAAUCUGAGGAACUUGAUGGUAAUUACGAAGAAGCAAUUGAAUCCGACGACGGUCAUCGAGUUCACUAUGGUCAGCAGAUGGAAGAUAACGGAGAGACUUCACGAGACCAAGCAUCCUUUGAGUCUCAACUUGCUCAUCCAGAGAUUACUUCCCGACCAAACAUCUCUUACCAAAACCAGUUCACCCCCAUCAAUCAAGCUUCAAGAGGUGCGCAAGCUCAGUCCCAUGAUCAACCAUAUCAAUACAGUCGGUCGAACACUUCCUUUCAUCCUUUGGAAAAGAAUGGACAUCUCGAGGGUCAUAUGAAUGCCAUUCUUGCUGCAGAGAACGACUAUGGCCAAAAAAUCCCUCAAUCUUUGCAGUUUGGUGCAGAUCCUCAAUUCAAUAAUCAUGAUCAAUCUGAGUAUGGCUUCCAGGAUAUGUCAACCCAAAAUCGAAUGGAUACUCAACAUGGUUUUGAAAUCUCUGGUAUGCAAUCUCAGCAAUUGACACAGAACAACAAUCAGCAGUACAUGUCUCCCGCAGGCAUGCAGCACCAAGAAGAUCCUGCACAUUCCCCAUCCUAUAAUCUUCAGACCUAUCGAAAUUUGUACAGGAACCAAGAAGAUUUCAGCGAAGUGAGCGAUUGUUUGAGCCUUCAGCCAAAGCCUGGAUGCUUGAGGCCCAGUCGAUUUCGUUCAGUGCGCAGCAAUACAAAUCAGAUGCAAGGAAAUCAACUUGGCAACCAAGCUCAAAAUUCAUCAUCUGCAAGACAAGGAAGUCUCUCAAACCGCAACAAAAAAUCUUCUGGUCGUGCUCCCGGAAAGAAAGGUGGAGCACCCGAAGAAAGAUAUUGGAAUGGAUUCGACACACAUCGCUCAAUGUGGCCUGUUCAACAUUGGAUCAUCGAAAAUAUCUUACCUGGAUCAUGUAUUUCUCACUUUACUCCUGCAGAGCAAGAAGGCGUUAUUACAAUGAUGCAAAGUUUAGGACUGGAUAAUUGGCCGAUAACAUGCAAUGAGGAUAUCCAAAAAUUCAUGGAUCAUGUUGAGUCAAUCAAAUCGAAUUUCAACGCGAAACAAGCACGACUCAGGGCAGAAGCAGGUUUGCCUGAGCUUCCUCCACCUGAAGAGAAUCAAAACACUCAGGAGGGUGAUGAGCCUCCUCUACAACCUACAUCUUCAUUUCCAGAUGUAUCACCAAAUUACGUUCUUACCUCCGACCAUGGAGAACCAGUCUUCGGCCAGGAUCCAAGAGACUAUCGCCUCGUAGGCAAGGGUCACUCUCAUCAUCCAGAUGAUAGAUCUUUCAUACCAGUAGGCUCGGAACAAGAGGUCGUUGCAAGUCACAAGGUGUCAGCUCAAGAACUAAACUCGCAAUUUCGUCCUCCACCUCUCAUCACCCAACAUUUUCGUCCGACUUUCCAAUCACAUUACGGUAUGCAGAAUCAGCGAGGAUAUCCAUUGAUUCAUCCAAGUAAUUUCCUUCAUCCAUCUAUGGAUCAAGGUAUGAAUAGGCCUUUGGAUUUCUCGUAUCAAAAUGUCGGAUUCAAUUAUGAUCCACCACAGCAAUAUCAUCACCGUGGUUAUGCGAGUCAAACACAGCAAUACCAUCACCACGGUCAACCUUUUGAGUACAGCUCCUUCCAUGGUUAUUCCCCUCAUCAUCCCCAUCCAAACCUAAGUAACACUGCUGACCAAAAUUCCCAUCCAGCUCCACCCCCGGAAACAAUUGAAGAGUACGAGGAAGACGACGAACAGCAAGAGGAGGUAACAGGUACUGAGUCUCAGUCUCAGACCGCAAAACAGGAAUAUGGACAGAAACAAAAACAAGAACAAUCCGAACCCCCACGACAAGAAGACCAAGCCGCAGAAACCGAAUGCGAACUCGAUUCCGACGGUUGGUCCAUCCAUCCCGACGAAAUGCGCUCUCCACCACCAAACAUCUUUUCCACCCCCCGACCCGCAAAUAUGCCGCCUUCGCCUCCCCGACCUCCGCCUCGUUUUCCGAGUAAUGAGAUAAACCCCCACGGAGCGAGGAAUAAACCCCCUCCGAUUAUUGGUCCUGGGAAUCGCGUGUGGAGUAUUGCUCCGGGUGCGUUUGAUGACAAUGGGGUUAUUAGGGAUUGGGACAAGGCGAAGAGGAGAGAGAUCGGUGAGGAGAACUGUGGGUGCAGGGGGUUGUUUCAUGGGAAUGGGAAGGGGUUCUAUUAUGUGGAUGGUUGUGAAGGAGAGAGAGUUUGGUGUGAUGGGGGUGAAGGGGAGGAGGAAAUUGAGGAAGAGGGAGAAGACGAGGACGAUGACGAAGAUGAAGGGGAGGAAGAUGAACAGUUACGAGGAGUCCCGAAAUGGGUUAAGCAGGCAUUAACUCACGGACCGGAAUUAGAUAAGAAUGAAGAGAGGAGAAAGGAAGUGGAGUAUCGAGCGAUGAUGGCGAGGAAGGUGAAAGAAAUACUCGCCAGGAAGAAAGGCAAGGAGCGAGGAGAGAUUCCAGGAUUUGGUUUUGAUAGGGAUUUUGACGCAAUGGAUGUUGAGUCAUUAUUUGAUGAUACGGAGAGUUGUAUGGGGUAUGAUGCGAAUCACUUCGAUCCAAAGUCAUUCGGUAAAGGGAAACGAAAAGCGAGAACUGCUGGUUCAGACGAUGAUCUCGAUGAAGGCUCCCCAGUCAAAAAGUGGAAAGGAAAGGGUAGAGCUGCGGAAUCAGAUGAAGAAUUGGAUGAGCAAGAGGUUGCUAGGAAAUAUGCUAACAAGGAGAAGAACAUGGGGAAAGGAAAGGGAAAAGUGUUUGAAUUUCCAAAGGAAAUGGAAGUUGAAGAUUAUCUAUUUGGAGAUUCUGCAGAGACGGCUCGAUGGGCCGAGGGGUUGGGUUUGCGAUCUUUUGGGAACGAACAAGAAUGGAAUGAGGAUAAUAACGAUCAUCUCUUCGAGGACAAUGAUACCGCACAGGGUGGCUACGACACCACACGAUAUCCCAAUAACUCCGAACUCGAAAACGAAACCGCAACCGCAGAUCCCGAGCUCGCAGCAACCGGUAUUAUCCUCCCAGCCACAUUCCCCAAUCCUUCUCAUCCCUCUGAAGAAGACCUCAAAGCCACCCCCCGACCAGCACCCUACCUCUCUCUCCGCAACCCCGGCCCCUUCAAUAUCUUCCAAUCACUCCUCCUCACCCCGGAGAUAAUCCUCGAAUUCAUCCUUCACCUCUCCCCCAAAACCCUCCUCACACUCUACUCCAUCUGCCGUCCCUUCCACACCAUCCUCUCCCACUGGAUGGCACACUCCAUAAAAUCCAUCGUCAAGCACCAAGCCCCCUACUCCUACACCAUCUACCCCUUCUACCUCUACCGCGAGCUCAGCAUUCCCGAUCCCCUCGGCACCCUCAACUCCUCCGGUCAAAUCCGCCGCGUCCCCAGCCUCAAAUACCACCAGAUGGUACUCCACCGCUGCCGCGUCGUCCGCGAUAUCCUCGCCUCUCUCGCACGCCAGCAUCUGCGCUGUCCCCCCGGUACAAAUCACUCUCUCAAAAAAGUCUGGUUCCUCAUGGACCUCUCCACAACCCUCGACCGCGUCCGAUUAAUCCACAACCGCACCUUCUUCACCGAUCAAGAUCUCUACAACAUCCAGCACUUCAUCGUCAAACUCGACAUGCGACUCAACUGUCCCACCGACGGACCGGGGUCCGAUUUCCUCCGCAAACUCAUGCUCGGUCAGCGGGGACUGACUCCGCUCUUUCGAUUGCUCACACGAACUGCUUUUACCGAUCUUUACGAAUUAUACCAAUACAGCGUGCGCUAUUCCUACACCCCUCUAACCCCCGCCCCAGACUUGCAUCUCGGACUCUUCGACGUCCCGGAACAUGAAAUCGGGAUCGCGCAUCUAGAAGGUUGGGGAAAAGGAUCCAAACAUCUCAUGCGAAUCGAUGAACUCGUGAUGCGCGAAGCCACGCGCAGAGAAUUAGGGUUUAAAGAACAUAUCGUGAUGAUGUUACUCUGGGGAUAUGUGGAUCCGCUGACGGGGGAGAAUCUGCAGCCGAGUAGAGAGGAAAUGUAUAUGAGUGAUGGGGAGGGUGAGGAAGCGGAGAGUGAGGGGGAUCCGUGGGAGGGGACGGGGAUGAAUAUGCAGAGGUUGGAACAGGUUGUUUUGGGGAGGGCGGAAGGGAGUGAUGAGGAUGAGGAUGAGGAUGAUGAGCAGGAGGGAGAAGAGGAAUGGGAAGAUGAAAACGAUUUUCAAGAUGAUCCUUGGUUGUGA